CUUGCCUUGGAUAGGAGCCGAGUCUCUCUCACGUGCAUAAUCUUUAACAUGAAUCUGUUGUCGACAGUUCUAGCCCUGUUUGUGGCCCUAGCAGGCUUGGUGACCCUGACCGGUGCCGUGCCUGAGGCUUUCCCUAACCCCGUGGCUGACCCCGAUCCCUUCAAAUACAAGGGCGGCGGUGGAUUCCAAGGGGGAUAUGGAGGCUACAGGAAGCAUGGCUACGGAGGCUACAGGCGGGGCUACGGAGGCUACGGAGGCUACGGAGGCAAGAAGCAUUUCGGCUAAAGCUCUGUUGUCUCGGUUGCCUGAUAAUCGGACUUUCCUUUCGGACAUUAAAAUCUGAAAUUUAUAUCGACUGUCCCUUUUAUCCAGAAAAUAAAUCAAACAAACUGAUGGAUGAAAUCAAUUAUUUUUUAUAUUACACCAGCAUAGAAAAAUAGAUGUUUAUGCAAUUUUGAAUAUACAGAGUGAGUAUACAUA